AUGGCUGCUCCACCUCCCCCUCCACCGCCACCACCUCCACCUGGUGGUGGCCCUUCAUUAAUGUCUUCUGCAUCAUCAGCUCCACCGCCGCCACCAAGUAUAACUCCAGGAAGAGAUGCUUUGCUUGGUGACAUCAGGAAAGGGGCAAAAUUGAAGAAGGCAGUCACAGUGGACAAAUCCAAACCAAUGAUUGAAGGCAAAACAUCGGUUUCAGUUGCCGCCCCUCUUUCGUCUGGUGGUAAUUCUAAUCAAAGCUCCUCUAUCGGGGGUCCAGCACCGUCUAUCCCACAUGGUGCUCCGCAGUUGGGAGACAUUUUUGCUGGUGGAGUUCCCAAAUUGAAGCAUAUUGACAAUCGAGCAAAUGUAAUUCCUUCAUCGGCUCCAAAGAUCCCUUCAGGACUUCCACCAUCUAUGCCUACAUCAAGACCCAGCAAGCCCGACCAACACCCUACUACAACUCCAAAAUUACCUUCACAGAGACCAGGAACGAUUCCCGUACCACCACCAAAAGCACCAAAAGUUCCCUCAUUAAGCAGACCUAAAUCUUCGAGUCACUCACAAAAAAGCUCAAUAAGUUCUAUGUCAGAGAUAUCAUCUGUACCAUCAGCGCCACCUCCUUUGCCCUCUGCGCCACCUCCAAUUCCAUCAUCCGCACCACCUCCACCAACGCCUCCCUCAUUUAGCUCAAGGCCAGGUCAAUUGAGUACACCACCGGCACCACCAGCACCACCAGCACCACCAGCACCACUGGCACCACCAGCACCCGCCUUACCUACAGGGGGAUUGCCAUUUCUUGCUCAAAUAAAUGCUAAGCGAGACGAGUCCAAUGUAGUUGAAGGGGUUAAAUCUAGGGCUACCACUAGCAGCUCAGCAGCACCAAAAGCAAGCCAGCAAAAUAAAGGAAAUUCACAAAAUGCUCCACCUAUUCCAUCUGCUCCACCAUCUGUGUCAACAUCAAUUGCUCUGAAGCAUUCUGCUAAGUCCCCAGCUCCUCCCACAAGUGCUCCAUCAAUCCCUCCGCCCCCUCCUUCUACAUUACCACCAAGCCUAGGACAAAAACCAUCAUUGGCAAAGGAAAAACCACUGACUUCACUGGCUCCUCCACCAGCACCCCCACCUUUACCUGGAAUGGCGCCACCUUUACCCAAGAGUAACACACCAUCUAAUUUCUCGGGCUCGCUGAGUACAAGCAGAAACGCACAGACACCCCCAGCACCCCCAGCACCCCCAGCACCCCCAGCACCCCCAGCACCUCCAGCACCCCCAGCACCUCCAUCGUUGCCAUCUUUUGAAAAAGCGUCGAGCUCUACUUCACUGAAAGCCAAUCCAGAUAUCGCAAGCGGCGCGUUGCCUUUCCUCCUGGAGAUCAAUGCCAAAAGAGAUGAGAGUUUUGUGGUGGAUGGAGGAUCAAGUUCUUAUACGACACGAACUGAGGAACAUUCUGGAUCUAAUGGUCAAACCUUUUCAAAUUCCAGUGUGAAAAAAUCAGCACCAAAACCUAUGGCCCCGCCAAUUCCAAACAUACCAUUACCCCCUACUCAAAACGAAAAAGUGUCCGAACCAUCUGUAAAAUCUGGAGCACCUUCAGCGCCUCAAACACCUCAAACACCAUUCAUACCACCACUUCCUACACAAUCAGCACCCAAACAAUCAGCUCCUGCAAUCCCUCUGCAGCCUCCCCAAUUAAACCCCAAUGCGCUUUCAUCAUCAACAACAACAACAACAUCAUCAUCAUCAUCAGCACCACCACCACCACCAUUACCUUCUGGUGCAACCCCUCCACCACCCCCUUCUGCUCCUCCUCCUUCUACGACUGCACCUUCUGCACCCUCUGCACCGUCAGCACCCUCUGCACCGUCAGCACCAUCAGCACCAUCGAUUCCACCUAAACCUAAGAAAUCCGCGCCUCCCCCUCCACCACCGCCUUCUUCUUCUUCUCUUUCACAUGGAUCAAUUUUCAACAAGAAGCCUACAACAACACUGUUGAAUGAUUUGGACUCAAAACAAGAUGCGGGUUCGUCUUUGAGAAAAAUAUCUGCUUCGGCUUAUACUAUCAAUGGCUCGGCAGGAGGUUCUUCAGGACACAAACUUGUUAUCGAAGAUAAAAGAUUCAAGUUUGUUAAUGCAUCUGCAUUGCCGAAUCCACGUAGAUUUGAGCUGUGCGAGAAGUUGUACCCAAGCGGACGUGGUUCAUCUGUUCCUCUCGAUUUGAGUCUAUAUUCAUAA